AUGUCCUCAAUAAAAAUAGCAAACCUGCCUUCGAAAGGCUCACCGGGUAAAAAGAUUGACAAGAUAAAGAUAUAUAUAAUGCCUGUCGAGCUUCCGAAUCCCGUUAUCUUUUCCGAUCUCUCAUGGAAAACUUCGCAUAGGAACAAUGCCAUUCGACUAAAGAAUCACAAAUAUGCCAAUUUGACAGUAAAAGAACUCUUUGACCAGCGGAAAGAAAUUGUCCUAGCUGGCAAUGAUGCUCACGGUAAAAAGAUUGACAAGAUAAAGGAUAUAUAUAUUGCCUGUCGAGCUUCCGAAUCCCGUUAUCUUGUCCGAUCUCUCAAUGGAAAACUUCGCAUUGGUUUGGCCGAGAAGUCGGUUCUGCAGGCCAUAGCCCAAGCUAACUACCUUACACCUCCAGGUCAAAAAUAUCCACCGAAUAUUAUUAAUGCGGGCAAAACAAUAGGUUCAAAACAGUUAAAAAAACAAUUUGAAAAGUACGGUACAAUACUAAGCACGAUCUACAAUGAAUUCCCUUCAUAUGAUAAGAUCAUACCAAUCCUUUUAACCGAGGGGAUUGAGGAACUCCCCAAAUACUGCUCCCUUACCCCUGGAAUUCCAUUGAAAUCGAUGUUAGCUCAUCCUACUACUGGAAUUUCUGAAGUCUUGAAGCGUUUUGAGAAUGUCAAGUUUACUUGUGAAUUCAAGUAUGAUGGGGAGAGAGCACAGAUCCAUUUAAAGGAUGAUGGUACAAUCAAUAUAUAUAGUAGGAAUCAAGAAAAUAACACAACCAAAUAUCCCGAUGUUAUUUCCAUCUUGAGAAAUGUAUUGGGAAAAGAUGUUAAAUCAUGUAUCAUUGACGCGGAGGUUGUGGCUUGGGAUAAAGAAAACCAGCAAAUCUUACCCUUCCAAGUCCUAAGUACCAGAAAGAGAAAGGGUGUUAAUGAAAAGGAUCUCAAAGUACACAUAUGUAUAUUUCCCUUUGAUUUGCUUUAUCUGAAUGGCGAAUCACUGGUCAAGAAGUCAUUCGAGAUACGUCGUACUCUAUUACGAAAUAAUUUUAAAGAGAAAGAAGGGAGAUUUAUCUUUGCAAAGAAUAUGGACUCCACUAAUACAGAAGAUAUUGAAGAAUUUAUGGAGGAAUCCCUUAAAGAAAAAUGUGAGGGUCUCAUGAUCAAAUCUCUGGAUGUGAAUGCUAUUUACGAUAUAGGAAAACGAUCACACAAAUGGUUAAAAUUGAAGAAGGACUACCUUAAUAGAAUGGGGGAUACAAUUGAUGUUGUGGUCAUUGGAGGCUAUUUAGGCCAAGGCAAGCGCACUGGGCAAUAUGGAAAGUUUCUUGUAGCUUGCUAUGAUGAAACUAAAGACAAAUUCCAGUCUUUGUGCAAGAUUGGUACGGGUUUUACAGAACAAAAUUUACAAGAAUGUUCUACCCUUUUCCAACAAUACAUUGUAGAAAAACCAAUGACUAAUUAUAGUUAUGAAAAUGGUACUGGUCCUGAUCACUGGUUUAAGCCUGUGAAAGUUUGGGAGAUUAAGUGUGCAGAUCUUUCCCUUUCACCUAUAUGCAAAGCUGUAGUAGGACUGGUUGAUCCAGAAAAGGGCAUUUCUUUGAGAUUUCCAAGAUUUGUAAGAAUUCGUGAUGAUAAAAAUCCUAAAGAAAUCACAAAUGCAGUACAGAUUGCAGACCUCUACAAUAACCAAUACCAGAUGAAAAAUAAUAAGAAAUAA